AGGAGUGCAAGCCAACGCUCGAGUCGAGUCGAGUACUGUCAGUACCUGAAGAGCAAAACUUUGAUCGGUCGAAACAUGCGAUAUCAGACACACAAAAUGUUCAUCGUCACAAUACAACGUUAAAGGGAUCAAAACAAAGAAGGAAAGAGAGAGAUGAGUAAGAAGAAGAUUGUGGUUGUGGGAGGCACUGGUUACUUGGGUCAGCAUUUGCUACAAGCCUUAGCUGAUUCUCCUCAUGCUUACGAUCUCGCAUUCACCUUCCACUCCACUCAUCCUCCUCAACCUUUGUUGGAUGCCAUUCCCACCUCCCUUCCUUUCCAAGUUGAUUUGAAAUCCGGCAAUGGAUUUCCGACGCAUUUGGCCAGGUUCUCUUCUCACUUCAACUUGCCUGAUGUGGUUGUAAAUUGUGCUGCCAUCUCAGUGCCUCGUGCGUGUGAAACCGAUCCUGCUACUGCACAUGCUAUAAAUGUCCCAUCAUCACUUGUAAAAUGGUUGCAAAGCUUUAAAGAAAGCAGCACUCUUCUCAUUCAUCUCUCCACAGAUCAAGUUUAUGAAGGGGAGAAGUCCUUUUACAAGGAAGAAGACGUUGCUGUUCCAGUAAAUGUUUAUGGAAAAACUAAAGUGGCAGCAGAGAAGUAUAUUUCAGAUAAUUGCCCUAACUUUGCAAUUUUGAGAAGUAGUAUCAUCUAUGGGCGACAAACAGUCUCACCAGUUCCAAAAUCUCUUCCUAUUCAGUGGAUUGAUGGUGCCCUUGCUAAAAGGGAAAAAGUGGAGUUCUUUCAUGAUGAGUUCCGGUGUCCAAUAUAUGUUAAGGAUCUCAUAACUAUCAUACUCGCUUUAACAAACCAAUGGAUAUCAGAGAGAAAGCAAAUGCAAUUGUUAUUGAAUGCCGGUGGACCUGAUAGGGUAUCACGUGUUCAAAUGGCUGAGGCUGUUGCACAAUUUAGAGGGCAUGAAACCUCAUUAAUCAAAUCAGUGUCUGCCUCAACAGUUGAUCGAGGUGUGAAAUCCCCAGCUGACAUAUCAAUGGAUAUCACUAGAUUGGUGCAAACCCUUAGAAUAAAUCCUGUUUCAUUUAAAGACGGCGUGAGAUUAACGCUUACAGCUGAAACUAAGCAAUGAGGCAACAAAGAUGUCAAAGAAGGCUUCCUUGUUAGCAUUUGAGUGUUGUUGCCUACCCAUUAAAAAUAAAAAUGGCAUGCAGUCUCGAUAGCUCUUGCUAUAUUUAAAUUGUUGUAUAAUAGAUCUAGGUAAGUUCUUGAAAAAGUAAAGCCAAGCCAAGUUGUUGGACCUUCACUCCUUCAGUGAAUCAGACAAUGGCAAAUAGUAAUGAAGUCUCAAAAACAUUGACUAAUUGUCAUUUAUCACUCUCUGACUCCAACAAGUUGGUUUGGCUUUCCCCUUCUGUCAUUUUUGCAAUAAUUUGUUAAAUAUGCAUUUUAUGAGAUUACUGUCUUCAUAUAUUGUGUUAUAAUAAAGAAAAAAAAAAUUGGCAA